UUAAAGAUAAAUAUGUGAAAAAUACGCUCAAAAUGUGUCAACAUUGAAGAGCUCGAACAGUGAUACCAUAAUCAACACUUGGCGCUUUCAUUCAUCUUCAAAUCAAAAUUACUUUAUAUCAAUAUGGCGGAUAAAUCGGAAAGGUCGCAAGAUGCUAAUAAUCUGUCGAGGUCGCAAGUCAAAGUCAAGGAUGAACCGAUGGAUUUGGACUUGCCGGAUGAGGACGACGUGCCGCCAGCGUUUGGGCCUGCAGCACUCGGCCUUCACAGGGUGGGAACAAAGUUACCGCCAAAACCAGCGCCCAGCGAACCAGUGCAAAAACUCAAUGCAAGAGGAAUGCCUGCGCGCAUCAGAAAGAAAAAUAGAUUUAUCUUUGUUGACGAUUUUGUGAAUACCUCUCCUCCCAGGCAGUCACCAAAGCGAAUUCCAAAGAUAUUGUCUAAAACACCUAACAAACAAUCAAGUGCUAAAAAACAGAAAUCCCCCUCAAAAGUGCAAAGAAACCAUGACAAGUAUGAUGAUAAAAUAGACACUGUGAACAGUCAGUCUCCAGACCGCAAAUCGGGGCAACGGAUUGGCAUGAGGUUGAGAAACCUCCUUAAACUCCCUAAAGCCCACAAGUGGGUAUGUUUUGAAUACUUUUAUAGCAACAUUGACAAAGCUUUGUUUGAUGGUGAGAAUGAUUUCAUGAUCUGUCUCAAAGAAUCAUUUCCCCAGUUGGCCAAUAAUAAGCUCACUCAGGUUCAGUGGGCUAAAAUCAGGAGAAUGAUGGGCAAGCCUCGCAGAUGUUCCCAAGCAUUUUUUGCUGAAGAACGUAAGGAAUUAGAAAGGAAGAGAAAAUUAAUAAGAUAUAUUCAACAGAGAAAAAGUGCUGACAUAUGUAUCAAAGAUUUGCCAAAUGAAAUUCCUAUGCAAUUAGUGGUGGGAACUAAAGUAACAGCACGGCUGCGCAAACCUCAGGAUGGACUUUUUACUGGAUGCAUAGAUGCUGUUGACACCUCUAAUAACACAUACAGGAUAACGUUUGAGAGACCAAAGUUGGGCACUCAUUCUGUUCCCGACUAUGAAGUUUUGUCCAAUGAGCCACCUGACACAAUAUGUCUGUCCAGUAUAACACAGAAGUUUAGACCAAGAUAUGUCAUGCAAGAGAUAAUCAAUUUGUACAAUCCUUCAGUACAAAAUAACAACACGCAAGGAGAUCCAAUGAUUGGAUGCUCAGAUAUAACAAAACAGUUGGACACUAUUGGGAGCUAUCCAUUCCCACUUCUGGAACUAAUUGUCAAGUUGACCAAAGUUUUGCAGGCCAAAAAGGUCAAAAUUAACAGACUAAAGGAAUAUAACUGUGAAGCAGAGAAGAGAAAAUCAUUUGGGCAAAAAAUGCCUGAAGACUUUGAAAGGAAAUAUGCUGCAGUUGUUAUUGAUUUAGAAAGAAUGAACAUGGAUUUGCAAGAAUAUAUAGAUGAAGUGCAAACAUAUUGCCACCAGAUUGCUCCAGGGCCGAGCCUAGCUGCAAUGUUGGCACCCUCACAUUUGCGGGAAAAAUGCAGGGAGGAGGCUGCAAUAUUAGUAGAGAAGAACCAUAAUGGAUCAGUCAAGGAUGCCACAUUAAUUGACCUUGUAACUGACCUCACUGCUUUGAUGUUGCAAGUCAAAAGUCUGUCUGAUUCUGAUCAAAAUGCUUAUGAAUUGUGUGUGCUGCAAGGAACCAUGGACCGGAUAAAAAUGAAACUGGAGCCACAACAUCAAAGGCAAUUCCAAAACAAUGUAGAAAUACACAUGCAAAGGAUUCAGAUGGGAUUAGGGCAAAUGACAUCUAACAGUUAUGUUAUUGGGUAAUUACACUCCACCAUUUGUGUAAAAUACAUAUAAUUAUAGUCAUCAGCAAUUUCAAUAGAUAGAACAAAGUGUGGCGAUGUCAUCGUUAAUGUCAAAUUUCUAUGAAAAUGUGAUGUUUAUAAUGACACUCCCUCACUUUGUUAUAUUCAAGUCGGUGCAGUUAGCUGAGUCUAGAGAGACUAAAGAAACUUAAGUUGCUCUCUUGAAAGCUACCUUAUGUCAUUUAUAUAAUAAUUUAAACAACAAUAACUUUAAACCGUUAUUAUAUCAACAGACUUUCCAAGAUUUUGACAUGCUAUUUAUGAAAUGAACUUCAAUAGUUAAUUUAUGUACAAAAUUUUAUAUUUUAUUGAAUAAGAGUAGCUCAUGUAAAAAUAAUAAAUAUUGUAUGCCAAUGUUGAUAUGAUAACUCUGCCAUGGCCUUAUUUUGGCGUCAGUCAAUAAUAUGCUAUUUUUUGAUGAUUUCUUUUAAUCAAUAACAUACCUAUUACAAUGUGUAUAAUUACCU